AUGAUUGGUAGUCUUUUAUACCUUACAUCAAGUAGACCAGAUAGAACUUUUGUUAUUGGAGUAUGUGCUAGAUAUGAAGCAGAACCUAAAGUGAGUCACAUCAAUCAAGUAAAAAGGAUUCUGAAGUAUGUGAAUGCCACAUGUGAUUAUGGAAUGUUGUAUUCUCAUGAUUCAAAUUCCAUGUUAGUGGGGUAUUGUGAUGCUGAUUGGGCUGGGAGUGCCGAUGACAGGAAGAGUACCUCUAGAGGAUAUUUCGCUUUGGGUAACAAUUUGAUUUCAUGGUUCAGUAAGAAACAGAAUUGUGUAUCCCUAUCUACUGUUGAUGCUGAGUACAUAGCAGCAGACAAGUUUUGA